AUGAAGCUACUUUUCAUCUUUAUUAUUACCUGGUUGGCUGUUGCACAAGCACAACAAGCACCAGACAAUAUUGGCUUAAUGAACGGCAACUCGGUUGCUAUUCCAGAUGACAAUCCUAGCUCAUCAGAAUAUUCCAAAUUUGCCGACAUCUUACAAGAUUUAGGCGGAAAAGAAAAAGCUAAACGCCUUGGCUAUAGCUUAAUUUCUUACAAUAUCAAAUGCACUUUUGAAUCAUCGUAUUGUCGAUGGAGAAAUGGUGCCAAUAAUGACUUUAACUGGAAGCGUGUUAAACUACCUCAAACAUCGAAGGAAAAUUCAGGAUUUCCCAUAAUUGGUAAAAGAGACUUCCAUAUCAGGACAGAUACGACUUAUGCAAAGGAGUAUCGUACUAGGGCAAGACUAGUUAGCAAAGUUCUACCUCAAAAAUUUCCAAUCUGUCUCCAAUUUUGGUACCAUAUGGAGUCAACCGAUGAAUCGUCAGGACUUCGCGUUUACAUACGACCAUCCGGUGGCAAACUGGUAAAACUGUGGGAUAAAAAAGGCGAUCAGGGCCAACACUGGAAGUUUGCUCAAAUUCAAAUUGAAUCUAAUAUCAAUUAUAAGAUCAUAUUUGAAAGCUUCCGAGGAAAGGCGAAAUCUUCCAAAAUCUCAAUCGAUACAAUCAACUACAGGAAGCGAUCUUGCGAACUUUGUGCACCCUUUUAUGGUGUCAAUAAAACAGAAACAUCAGCAUUUGGUAAUCAGGAGGAUUUGGAGCAAAAAUUAUCGGAAACUUUCGCAUUUAUACGUGCUAUUGGUGGUCAUUGCGAAGAAUAUGCAUUGAAAGCUAUUUGCUAUCAUAACUUCGCGCCAUGUGCAGGAGUUAAUUACAAACGGUUGAUAUGUAAAGAAGAAUGUCAAGCUUUAAUGAGUGAUUAUCGAUUAUGCAAGGCUCAAUUUGAUUCACUGAAGGCCGAUCCUGGUUUCAAUAAUCAGCUAUUGCCUUUGGAUUGCUACAAUUUGCCUACAAUGAAAGAAAAAUUUAGCAAGUGUACCAAACUAAGUAUCCCAGAUGCCUAUCUUACCAAAAGAAGAUGUAAUGUUAAACUAUGUAUUAAAGAAUAUCAAACGGAUUCCAAAAAAGUCGUCACACCAGGGCAAUAUUGCCACAUUAUUCGGACAUUCCUAGCUUGUGUCAAGUCAUAUAAAAGUGUUUGCUAUAAUGAUCCUGAAUAUUUUUUAGCAAAAACAAUUGCUGAUAACCUGGACAAACAAAUUCCAAUCAUUUUCGGUUCAAGAUGUCAAGAAAGCUAA